AUGUGUUCCAAAUGGAAUGAAUGCUAUGUGUUUGGUGGAGUAGGGGAGCGUCCCUCGCAAACUGAGGGCGUUCAAACCCCAGCAUCAUACCUGGAAAUAAUAGGCGGCGAAUAUAUAAACAACGCAGUACAUGUGCUGGACACAGGAGAUUAUGCUAGUACUGGAAGCUGUACGUGGAGAGAGAUGCUGUACACUGGUGACGCACCAGACCCUAGAUAUGACUCUGCGUUCACCAAUCGCGGCAACUUCGCAUACGUCUUUGGCGGAGUUUGCAAUUCGACUGAGGAAUUAAAAAAUGAUCUUCAUCGAUUAAAUUUAGAAUCGACGGAGUGGAGUGGUGCUUUGCCAGUCACUGGAGAACUGCCGGAAGAGCGACGUUGUACUUCUUUGGCCCCGAGCUCGACGUCCUUACUGGUCCUCUGUGGUGGUUUUUUUGACAAUGGAACGACCCGGAGUCACCGCAAUGACAUUUUCAUCUUUCACACUGACUUACUAUGCUGGUAUCGUGUGAACACGUCGCACAUCCAGCCACCAUUGGAGGCACGGCAUUAUCCCUACUCAUGCCAAGAUCCCAUUGGUGACGUCUAUAUUGUAGGUGGUUACAAUUCGACCAACGAUAACCAUCUAGCAUCGACGAUCGUCAGAGUGCGUACGGAACCGCUGUCCUUACAGAAUCUUGCUUUGCAGGUGUAUGCCGGCAUAGCGACUGCAGAAGAAGUUGAAAGCUUGAGAGUCCUGGUUCGGAGCGUUUUGGGUAAGAUUCGACUGCAGCCAUGCAGUAGCUGCAGUCCCCCUCACGCCUGGAAGUAG